AAAGGUGAACCUUCGCACACAGCAGACCCACUGAAGAAGCCUCCAGAAGUCUGUGACCAGGCCAAAGCAGCUGGGUGUGGGUUGACCUUGUUGGGCCCCCUGGGGGCCUCUGCUCUCUCUUCUGCUUGCCAGGUGCCAGGGUUAGGCCUCUAAGGCAGCCCCAGGACCCAUGGCCACCAGACAGGCUGGGAGUGCUGGGAGCAGCCUCCCUGGAGGGCAGAGGACUUCCACUUCCCUCUGCCCCACCUCUUGGGGCCUCCUGGGCUGGGCGAAUCAGAACGCAGGCCGCCAGGGACUGUCCCCCUGUGGGAGGACUGGUGGGACUGUGGAGUUAACCAGAACCCAUCAGGAAGUGCACAGGCGUCCCAGCGUGCUCCUCUUCCCUGCAGUCACGGGGAGCAUCUCCCAGAGGCUCCGCAGCCCAGGCUCCUGGUUCGUCUGCGGUCAGCCUGCCUGCUGGGGCCAUGUCAGACUACGAGAACGAUGAUGAGUGCUGGAGUGCCCUGGAGGGCUUCCGGGUGACGCUCACCUCGGUCAUCGACCCCUCACGCAUCACGCCCUACCUGCGGCAGUGCAAGGUCCUGAACCCCGAUGAUGAGGAGCAGGUGCUCAGUGACCCCAACCUGGUCAUCCGCAAACGGAAAGUGGGUGUCCUCCUGGACAUCCUGCAGCGGACAGGCCACAAGGGCUACGUGGCCUUCCUGGAGAGCCUAGAGCUCUACUACCCACAGCUGUACAAGAAGGUCACAGGCAAGGAGCCAGCCCGUGUUUUCUCCAUGAUCAUUGAUGCGUCCGGGGAGUCAGGCCUGACACAGCUGCUGAUGACCGAGGUCAUGAAGCUGCAGAAGAAGGUGCAGGACCUGACCGCGCUGCUGAGCUCCAAGGACGACUUCAUCAAGGAGCUGCGGGUGAAGGAUAGUCUGCUUCGCAAGCACCAGGAGCGCGUGCAGAGGCUCAAGGAGGAGUGUGAGGCCGGCAGCCGUGAGCUCAAGCGCUGCAAGGAGGAGAACUAUGACCUGGCCAUGCGCCUGGCGCGCCAGAGCGAGGAGAAGGGCACCGCGCUCAUGCGGAACCGCGACCUGCAGCUGGAGAUCGACCGGCUCAAGCACAGCCUCAUGAAGGCCGAGGACGAUUGCAAGGUGGAGCGCAAGCACACGCUGAAGCUCAGGCACGCCAUGGAGCAGCGGCCCAGCCAGGAGCUGCUGUGGGAGCUGCAGCAGGAGAAGGCCCUGCUGCAGGCCCGGGUGCAGGAGCUGGAGGCCUCGGUUCAGGAGGGGAAGCUGGACAGGAGCAGCCCCUACAUCCAGGUGCUGGAAGAGGACUGGAGGCAGGCACUGCGGGGCCAUCAGGAACAGGCCAGCACCAUCUUCUCCCUGCGCAAGGACCUCCGCCAGGGCGAGGCCCGUCACGCCCGGUGCAUGGAGGAGAAGGAGACGUUGGAGCUGCAGUGCCGGGCCCUGCGCAAGGACUCCAAGGUGUACAAGGACCGCAUCGAGGCCAUCCUGCUGCAGAUGGAGGAGGUCGCCGUGGAGCGGGACCAGGCCAUCGCCACACGGGAGGAGCUGCACACCCUGCACGCCCGGGGCCUGCAGGAGAAGGACGCGCUGCGCAAGCACGUGCGGGAGCUGGGCGAGAAGGCUGACGAGCUGCAGCUGCAGCUGUUCCAGCGUGAGGCACAGCUCCUGGCCGUGGAGGGCAGGCUCAGGCGGCAGCAGCUGGAGAUGCUCGUCCUGAGCUCCGACCUGGAGGAUGGCUCACCCAGGAGCUCCCAGGAGCUCUCGCUCCCCCAGGACCUGGAGGAGGACACCCAGCUCUCAGACAAAGGUGGCCUGGCCGGUGGUGGGAGCCAGGAGCAGCCCUUUGCAGCUCUGCACCAGGAGCAGCUUUCACUGACCCCCCAUGACGCAGGCCUGAGCAGCGGCGAGCCCCCAGAGAAGGAGCGGCGGCGCCUCAAGGAGAGUUUUGAGAACUACCGCAGGAAGCGUGCCCUCAGGAAGAUGCAGAACGGCUGGCGGCAGGGGGAGGCGGACCGGGAGAACACCACGGGCAGCGACAACACCGACACCGAGGGCUCCUAGCCGCAGCAGCGCGGGCCUGGCCCAGGGCACGCCCACCGGCCCUGCCACCCAGGGGUGCUGACGCCCUGGGCUUGGAACCGGGAGUCUGGUGCCCUGAAAGCCCCAGCCGGGCCGCCGAGCGUUGGGGUGUUCUGUUAAGCGGCCUUCAGCUUGCGGAGCCCACGCGGGUGCUCGCCACCCGUGCACACGCAUUUGUGUAACUUGAGGGUCUGCCGUAUUUCACCGUGUAACACACGAUACAUGCAUGCAUUGUGUUAGAAAACGCGCCUACGUAAAUAAAUAGCACGGGUGACCCGAAUUCCCGCUCCUAACUCGCGAGCAGCCCUGGGACCGUCCCUCCUCGCUACGGACCCGCCAUGUCCUCGGGGUGCGGGCAGCACGUGGGCGCAGGGCCCCCACCAAGCUGCCAGGGGGCGGCAGAGCGCAGCGCGCCCCGGCCCGGAGGCCCAGACAGGCCGCUUCCGCCCGGUGCCCGCUUCCAAGAUGGCGGGGGGGCGGGGCCCGCGCCGGGCGGCCCGAGUCGGAGGGCGGGAUGCUGCGGGCGGGAUGCUGCGGGCGGCGCUGCGCGGUGCGCCGAGGCUGCUGUGCCGCGUGCAGCCCCGGGAGUCCGGUCUGAGGCGGCUGUGGGGCCGCAGGGCCCGCACGGAGGUCGCAGGGAGGCGGCGGGCCUUGGCCUGGGGAUGGCGGCGCUCAAGCUCCGAGCCGGGGCCGGGGCCGGAGGCGGCGCUGGGACGCGUGGAGGUGGCGCACUACCAGCUCGUCUACACCUGCAAGCCAGGUCUGUGGGACUAGGUCCUCCAAGCGCAUCUCCAAGCUGGCCUAUCACCAAGGUGUGGUCAUUGUGACCUGUCCGGGCUGCCAGAACCACCACAUAAUCGCAGACAACCUGGGCUGGUUCUCGGACCUGAAUGGAAAAAGAAAUAUUGAAGAGAUCCUGGCGGCCAGAGGCGAGCAGGUGCACCGUGUGGCUGGCGAGGGGGCCCUGGAACUGGUUCUGGAGGCUGCAGGGGCCCCCACAUCCACUGCUGCUCCGGAAGUGGGUGAGGAUGAGGAUCCCACCUGCCCUGGCAAGAUGGAGCCGAGCUGACCCCUGCGCUCCCCGGCACUGUGGGACUUCUGCCUUCCAGAAGGAUAUUUUGGUCCUGGGCCUCUCCGGACUUGGCCUGUUUUCUAUCAAUAAACAAACAUCCCUUCCGGGUGCCGGGGCCUGUGGCCCUGGUGGCAUUUCUUUUUCUGGA